CGUAUCACUUUCCCUGUGUUCAAAUACGGCGACGGCGACGACAACAUUAAUUAUAAUAUCUUAUUAGUUUGGUGUUAGUUGACCGACGCGACGUCAAAUACUGUGUCCGUAAUAAGGGACCGCUACACACCGUGAUUUGUGCGUGUGUUCGCCGUGAUAUCCGUUUUUCCGUUUUUAUUCGCAAAUCAAUUUUGUUCAGUUCCAACAACGUUUGCCUGCAUAAUAUUAUACUCGUCGCCGAUCGACCGUUUGAGUUGCUAUCCAUUGCUGAUGUUAGUGAACGUUUUUUAUCCGAGUAUCAUAAAUCGAUUUCCAAGUGUCAUGUAGGUGACGCCACUCGCCGUUUGCUUCCGUUUUAUUUCUAGUAUCCAAUCAUGGACUCGGUGAAUAAGAGCGUAUACGAUCAAUCCAUCGAUUGGGUGCCAUUAUCUUUAACAUUUGUUGAAUAUCCUAAGGGAAAUGUAUUUGGAAAAUUAUUGGCGCUGUUUAGUUUGACACCGUUUGUGAUUUUAUCUGGCUUUGUUACAUUAAUAUUGUUUCGUCGAGAUCUGCAUACAAUAACCUUUUUUGUUGGUGUUCUCUUAAAUGAAGUGUGUAACACUGUUCUUAAACAUAUAUUGCGUGAACCAAGACCUUUAGUUAGGAAUACAAAUUUAUUAUAUUCUGAGUAUGGAAUGCCUUCAUCUCAUUCACAGUUUAUGUGGUUUUUUGCAUCGUAUAUGUUUUACUUUACAUUUAUCAGAUUACAGUAUGCUAAUAACAAGGCUUUUAAAGAGUUCUUCUGGAAAGUUUCAGGAGCCGUAUCAUGCAUUGCUAUUGCUUGUAUAGUUUCUUAUAGCAGAAUAUUUCUCCAAUACCAUACAUGGAGACAAGUAAUUUAUGGGGCAUUGUUUGGUAUCAUUAUUGGAACAAUUUGGUUUGCUAUAAUCAAUGUAAUAUUGACUCCCCAUUUCCCAACAAUUAUAACAUGGAAAAUUUCAGAGUUGUUUUUAUUGAGAGACACUACAUUAAUUCCUAAUGUUUUAUGGUUUGAAUAUACAAAUAUUCGUCAUGAAGCAGGAGCUAGAGCCAGACGUCGGAAAUCAAUUUCUGCAAAAUCACAAUGACUAAAAUUUGAUAAAAAAGUAAAAAAAUGACUAAUUUGUAAAAGCAAUUUUGAUUCUGUGCAAUAAUGUGUACCUAUAAUUUUAUUGUAAUAUUAUAUUUAUGAUU